AUGGCUAAUUAUUCCUUUCGAACAAGGAAAAUUAUGGCUAAUUUCGGGACCGAUCCUUAUGAAUUUGAAGAAAGUCUGAACGAGACUAAACCAUUUUCUAGUGGGUCUUCUGAUGAAGUGCAUUCUUCAGAUUUUUCUUCGACAUCAGAUUCAAGUAAUGAUAUAAAUCCGGGGUAUUUGGAAGUUUCUAAAGAAAAGCUCUGUUUGGAAGGGUUAGAUCCUCAAGAUAGGGCACCUGUUGUCACUGAUGGGAGGAUUUCAGAUCAAAGUGAUUUGGAUAAGUCUUGUACAUUAAAUGAGUUGAGAAACGAAAUGAUGUAUUAUGAAAAUAAUGAACCUGGCAAUGCAAUGUUUAAUAGCCAUAAUUCAGAUUCUGAGUCUAACCUCACUCAAUUAAAUGAUUUAUAUGACACGGAAAUAGCCAAUAGUCCAAUCAUUCUACCACAAGACCAAGUAAUAGUAACCAACCAGACAUUACUUGAUUGUAAUUAUGUUCCAUCUGAUCAUAAUGGCAAUCUCGUGAAAGGAAAUUUAAAUAUGGAAACUCCACUUAACAAUGUUGAACAAAUUGAAAAUAAAAGACGUUGGACCAAAAAAAAUUGUUGUCCUUAUUGUUUCGUGGAAAUAACGCAUUUUCCUCGUCACUUGCAGAGAAAUCAUCCAGACGAAAGAGCUGUUCAAGACAUAUUUUGUUUAAACUCUAAAAAUCCCAAACGCAAAUUAUUACUAGAUGCACUUCGAAGGCAAGGAAAUUAUUUGCUUACUUCCAAUGCCAAAAUAACACGACCAGUAAGACGACCAAGAUCUUUAGAAUCUGACGAAAAUUAUUCUGCUUGCAACUACUGUUUGGGGUAUUAUAAAAAAACAAACUUAAGAAAACACAGAAAAAAAUGCCCAAUGAUUAAAAACCAAGCCAGUUCAAAAACAAGAAUAAGUCACCUCUCUGAAACUCAGGCUUUUGCUCUUUGCUCAGGCAUAUACAAAGAGUUUUAUGAUUCGUUAAGAUUAAAAUCCGAAGUCAUAGACAAAAUGCGGCCUGACAAUAUUUCAAAAGCGGCAAUUAAGGAUAUCCUGAUAUGUAGUUAUGGCGAGAGUCAAUUGAAAAGACAUAGAAGGGUGCAGUUGGCAGUAAGCGUUUCGAACAAAAUGAGAGAAAUGGGUCGGAUUUUAUUGGUGCUUAAAGAUUCAACUGGCAUAGAAAAAUUGCUGGACGCAUUAAAGCCUGAAAUGUUUGACAACGUUGUGACAGCUACCCGAGUUAUAAGUGGAUAUAAUCAUCUAACUCACACUUUUACAGCUCCAAGCCUGGCUUUACAUAUGGGCACAAGACUUAUACAAGUUUGUGAUAUUGCUUCCCAACUAAUAAUUAAAAAGAAUCGAUUUAUAGACAUCUCAGAACCUGAAAAAAAAUUAAAAAAUAUUAAACGCUUUCGAUCCUUAAUUACAAACCAUUGGAAUACUGAAUUGUCUAGUAUUGCCUUAAAGGACUUAAAUGAAAAAAAUUGGGAAAAACCUAAAUUAUUUCCUUUGACAGAGGAUAUCAUUAAAUUUCAAAGAUUUUUAACUGAAAGGGCACAAAAAAAUUAUAAUAACAUUAAACAAAAAGUUAAUAUUAAAGUAGAAUACAAAAACCUUACAGAAUGUGUUUUAGCCCUUACUUUAUUACUUAACAGGAAAAGAAUUGGCGAAGUGCAAUACCUUAAAGUCAAAACCUAUUGCAACGAUGUAACAAAGCCGAUAAACGCAGAAUUUUUAGCUAGUUUAACACCCCAAGAACAAAUUUUGAGUGAAAAUUUUAAACGAGUAGUAACAGGUGGCAAGGGAAGUAAGCCCAUUGCCAUACUUUUUCCAAAAAAGACUCAGGAUUUAAUACAACUAAUGUUAGAAGUAAGGGCUGACAUAGUGCACCCAUCUAAUGAGUAUUUGUUUGCAAAUCUCUCAACUAAGGACAGAUGGCUUAGUGGAUACCAUGUUGUAAAAAAGUUGGCUGAAGAGUCAGGAACUUCAAACAAAGACUUAUUUACAUCUACUAGAUUACGUAAACAAAUAGCAACAGUUCUGCAAGUCUCCAAUUUUUCAGAAACUGACAUGGAGCAAUUCGCAAACUUUAUGGGUCAUACACAAAAGACCCACGCAGAAUAUUAUCGACUUCCACAAGACGUUUACCAAACGGCCAAAGUCUCCAAAAUUUUAAUGGCAAUAAACAAAGGCGACUCAUCCCAGUUUAAAGGCAAAUCCUUAAAUGACAUUAAGGUAUCUGAAAAUGAUUUGGUAGAUUCAGAUAGUGAUUCAGACAAUGAAUCUCUUGGUAAUAUCAAUAGUCGCAAAACAUUUAUUAAGAAACGCAUCAACACUUUAACAAAAGAUAUAAACACUUCUGAAACUUCUAUGACCGACAAUGAGGAAAUGAACAUUCCUGGACCUUCUAGAGCCAAGUGCGAAGAUGAGCUUACUAAGAAGACGUUGACAAGAGUAAGAUGGUCCGAAGAUCAAAAAUCAUUAAUUUUGAAACAUUUUGAAAACCAUAUAAAAAGCCAAAAUCCUCCAAAAAAAAAGAAGUUGAGGAUUUCAAACAACAAUUUAAAAAAUUGUUUAAAGAUCGCAACUGGGUUGUCAUAA